AUGCGCCUGAGAAACAUGUCUGGCAACUUUCUUCUCGCCCCAAUUCCGGAGUCUUCCUCUGAUUAUGUGUUCCACAAGGACAUUAAGCUGGCGGUGCUGGGCUCGGGCAACGUGGGCAAGAGCGCAAUGAUUGUGCGCUUUCUGACCAAGAGGUUUAUUGGAGAUUAUGAACCCAAUACAGGCAAACUGUAUUCAAGGAUUGUUCAUGUAGAAGGAGACCAACUGUCCUUACAGAUACAAGAUACCCCGGGAUGCAUUCAGGUCCAAGAUGACUUUGUCCAGGUAUUGGAUUCCCUCUCUAGGUGUGUACAGUGGGCAGAGGGAUUUCUGUUGGUGUAUUCCAUCACAGACUAUAGCAGCUACCAGUCCAUUCGCCCCCUUUACCAGCACAUCCGAAGGCUUCAUCCAAACUCCAAGACUCCCAUCAUUAUCGUGGGAAACAAAGGGGAUCUUCUCCAUGCCCGGCAGGUGCAGACUAAUGAUGGCAUACAGCUGGCUAAUGAGCUGGGCAGUGUGUUUCUUGAAAUUUCAACAAGUGAAAACUAUGAAGAUGUCUGUGAUGUUUUUCAGCAUCUCUGCAAAGAGGUUAGCAAACUGCACAGCCUCAGUGGGGAAAAGAGGAGAUCAUCUCUCAUUCCUCGUCCCAAAUCUCCUAACAUGCAGGACCUCAAGAGACGCUUCAAGCAGGCUCUCUCUUCCAAAGUCAAAUCAUCCCCUUCCAUGGGCUAAACCUAUGGUUCAACAGACUCUGGUCUUAUUAUGCAUCUGUGCAGCUAAAUUGACUGGUUUCCCACUUUUUAAUUGCUCAUUCAGAGUUUAUUUUUGUACAGGUAUUAAUUUUCAUGUGUGUGUCACUUAAAGGAAAUGUUUACUCUCAGCUUUGAGGGAAUUUUUGUACAUGAAUUUGUACCA